AUGGGGACGGUGAGCAUCGACCAUGUAGCGAUGCCGACAGUGAACGCCGAGCGGUUGAUCGGGUUCUACAAGAGUCUAGGAUUUGAGAUCAACGACGAGGCGGAAUGGCGGGCGGGGACGGCAAACAUCUUCUCGAUCCAAAUCGGCGAUUCCAAGAUUAACGUGCAUCCCGAACGGUAUAUGGCAAGCCUACGAGGGCCAACCGCAGUGCCCGGCUGCAUGGACAUGUGCUUCGUCUGGGACGGCACCGUGGAAGAGUGUCAGCGAAUGCUGGCCGAAGCGGGAGUGGAGGUGGUCCAAGGGCCGGUAUCGCGGAAAGGCGGUCGCCAACGGGGCGCGGCGCCGUCACUGAGCCUGUACGCCCGGGACCCGGACGGCAACCUGCUGGAAUGGAUGACCUACGAAUAG